UGGGGCGCUAUUUACACCGACUUUUGCCCCCUUCUCUUAACGGUUGCAAUCUCCGGCUUUUUGUCUCCUCUCAGGGUUUUCACUUUUGGGCACAAAACUUUCAGUUCGAUUUUGCCGUGUUCUUCAGAUCCGGCAUCUCAGAACAUGAGUAGUUUGGUUGAGAGGCUUCGUGCGAGAUCAGAUCGAAGACCCAUUUAUAAUCUUGAUGACUCAGAUGAAGAUGAGCUUUUGCCCGGGAAGAGUGGCCAAGCUCAGGAGAAGUUCGAAAAGAUAGUUAGGAGUGAUGCGAAAGAGGAUUCUUGUCAAGCCUGUGGAGAAGGUGAGAAUCUUUUAUGCUGCGAAACAUGUAAUUACACGUACCAUUCUAAGUGCUUGAUACCACCACUAAAAGCUCCUGCUCCUGGCAAUUGGAGAUGCCCUGAAUGUGUGAGCCCUCUUAAUGAUAUUGAUAAGAUACUGGAUUGUGAAAUGCGUCCUACUGUGGCUGAUGAUGAUGAUGCUUCAAAACUGGGGUCAAAACAAAUUUUUGUAAAGCAGUAUCUUGUGAAGUGGAAGGGAAUGUCUUAUUUGCACUGCAUAUGGGUUCCAGAGAAGGAGUUUCUUAAAGCUUUCAAGACAAAUCCACGUCUAAGAACUAAAGUAAACAAUUUCCAUCGUCAAGCGGCAUCAAAUAAUAGCUCAGAGGAAGACUUUGUAGCCAUUAGACCGGAAUGGACAACUGUUGAUCGGAUUAUUGCUUGCAGGGGAGAUGAUGAUGAGAAGAAAUAUCUUGUAAAGUGGAAAGAACUUUCCUAUGAUGAAUGCAGUUGGGAAUCUGAAUCGGACAUAUCUGCUUUUCAGCCCGAGAUUGAGAGAUUCAAAAAAAUUCAAUCGAGGGGUAAGAAACAGUCUUCUAGUAAGCAGAAGAACAGCGCUAAAGAUGCAGUUGAAUCAAAGAAGAAACAAAAAGAGUUUCAACAGUAUGAACACAGUCCUGAGUUUCUUUCUGGAGGUAAACUACAUCCUUAUCAGCUUGAAGGGUUAAACUUCUUACGUUUCUCUUGGUCCAAACAAACUCAUGUUAUACUUGCUGACGAGAUGGGACUUGGAAAAACCAUACAAAGUAUUGCAUGUUUAGCAUCUCUUUUUGAAGAUAAUAUAUAUCCACAUUUGGUGGUUGCGCCAUUAUCAACACUGCGAAAUUGGGAGCGUGAAUUUGCAACAUGGGCACCUCAAAUGAAUGUGGUUAUGUAUGUUGGUUCUGCCCAAGCUCGUGCUUUAAUACGAGAAUAUGAAUUUUACCUUCCUAAAAAUCAAAAGAAGUUGAAGAAAAAGAAAUCUGCUCCAGUUAGUGAAAGCAAGCAAGACCGCAUAAAAUUUGAUGUCCUCCUAACAUCGUAUGAGAUGAUUAACUUUGAUACAGUAUCACUGAAACAAAUAAAGUGGGAAAGCAUGAUUGUUGAUGAAGGUCAUCGUCUCAAGAAUAAGGAUUCAAAAUUAUUUUCAUUAUUGAAGCAGUACUCAAGUAAUCAUCGCAUCCUCUUGACCGGAACUCCUCUUCAGAACAAUCUUGAUGAACUAUUUAUGCUCAUGCACUUCCUUGAUGCUGGGAAGUUUGCAAGUUUGGAAGAGUUCCAGGAAGAAUUCAAGGAUAUCAAUCAAGAGGAACAGAUUUCAAGGCUCCAUAAAAUGUUGGCACCUCAUCUUCUUAGAAGAGUGAAGAAAGAUGUCCUGAAAGAUAUGCCUCCUAAAAAGGAACUUAUUCUGCGUGUCGAAUUGAGUAGCAAGCAGAAAGAGUAUUACAAAGCAAUUCUUACUCGUAACUAUCAAAAACUGACUCGUCGUGGUGGUGGACAGAUAUCACUUAUCAAUGUGGUUAUGGAAUUACGCAAGCUCUGUUGUCAUCCCUACAUGUUAGAGGGAGUUGAACCAGAAAUAGAAGAUCCAAAUGAAGCUUACAAACAGCUAAUAGAGUCUUCUGGAAAAUUGCAAUUGUUGGACAAAAUGAUGGUGAAACUUAAAGAACAAGGGCAUAGAGUACUCAUAUAUACACAAUUUCAGCACAUGUUGGACUUGCUCGAGGACUACUGUACCUACAAGAAAUGGCAGUAUGAACGUAUAGAUGGUAAGGUUGGUGGAGCGGAAAGACAGAUAAGAAUUGAUCGAUUUAAUGCCAAGAACUCUACCAGGUUUUGUUUUCUGCUUUCUACCAGAGCUGGAGGACUGGGAAUAAACCUUGCAACUGCUGACACAGUCAUUAUAUAUGAUAGUGAUUGGAACCCACAUGCAGAUUUACAAGCUAUGGCUAGAGCCCACCGGCUUGGGCAAACUAACAAGGUAAUGAUUUUUAGGCUGAUAACACGAGGAAGCAUUGAAGAAAGGAUGAUGCAAAUGACCAAGAAGAAAAUGGUUUUGGAGCAUUUAGUUGUUGGCAGAUUAAAGACUCAAAAUAUUAAUCAGGAAGAGUUAGAUGAUAUAAUAAGGUAUGGCUCGAAGGAGUUAUUUGCUGAAGAAAAUGAUGAAGCUGGAAAAUCCCGACAAAUUCAUUAUGAUGAUGCUGCAAUAGAUAGAUUACUUGACCGAGAACAAGUUGGAGAUGAGGAGUCUACCUUGGACGAUGAAGAGGAAGAUGGAUUUUUAAAGGCUUUUAAGGUAGCAAAUUUUGAGUACAUUGAAGAAGCAGAGGCUGUGGCAGAAGAGGAAGCACAAAAGGCUGCUGCGGACAAUAAACCCACUGUGAGCAAUUCAGAGAGGUCAACUUACUGGGAAGAAUUGCUAAAAGACAGAUACGAAGUUCACAAAGUUGAAGAAUUUAAUUCUUUAGGCAAAGGAAAAAGAAGCCGUAAGCAGAUGGUGUCAGUUGAAGAGGAUGACCUUGCUGGGUUGGAGGAUGUGAGCUCUGAGGGUGAGGAUGACAACUAUGAAGCAGAAAUGACUGAUGGUGAAGCUGCAUCAUCAGGAAAUGCUCCAAUAAGAAAGGCUGGAAGAAAGAAGUCCCGUGUGGAUAGCACGGAGCCUCUUCCGUUGAUGGAAGGUGAAGGGAGAUCAUUCAGAGUACUGGGUUUCAAUCAAAAUCAAAGGGCUGCGUUUGUCCAGAUUUUGAUGAGGUUUGGUGUUGGGGAAUUUGAUUGGCAGGAGUUUACAUCUCGGAUGAAGCAGAAGACAUAUGAUGAAAUAAAAGAUUAUGGAAUGCUUUUCUUGUCUCACAUCGCUGAAGAUAUUACCGACUCGCCGACCUUUUCAGAUGGUGUUCCAAAGGAAGGACUCAGAAUACAAGAUGUGCUUGUUCGCAUUGCAGUUCUGAUGUUAAUAAGGGAAAAAGUGAAGUUUGCAUCAGACUAUCCAGGAGUUCAACUUUUUGCAGAUGACAUUCUGUUGCGCUACCCAGUAUUGAGGGGUGGAAAGUUUUGGAAGGAGGAGCAUGAUCUAUUAUUAUUGCGUGCUGUACUAAAGCACGGAUAUGGAAGAUGGCAAGCUAUUGUUGAUGACAAAGGCUUGAGGAUUCAAGAACUUAUCUGUCACGAGUUGAAUCUUCCCAUCAUCAAUUUACCUGUCCCCGGUUCUCAAUCACAGAGCGGAGCAAAUGGAGCUACAACAGAGGCACCUGGGGGUAAUCCUCCAAAGGAAAACGGUAAUGAGAAUGAUGGGACAGCUGAUGCUUCCCAGGGAACAACGGAUCCCGGAAACCAAUCACAAAUGUUCCAAGACGGAUCUAUAUAUUACCAUUACAGAGAUAUGCAGAGAAGGCAGGUUGAGUAUAUCAAGAAAAGAGUGCUUCUCUUGGAAAAAGGACUCAAUGCAGAGUACCAGAAGGAAUACUUUGGUGAUACGGCAAGGUCAAACGAGGUUCUAAAUGAAGAGCCUGAAAACGAGCCCAAGGCAUCAAAUGUUCCAAAUAUUCCGGGGCCGCGGUCGGGUGAGAACGAUGCAUGCAUGGUUGAUCAGUUACCUCGAGUAGAAACCAUCACUCCUGAAGAAAUUGCUGCUUCUGCUUGUGAUGAUAAUCCGGAUCGGUUGGAAUUGCCUCGGCUCUAUAAUGAGAUGUGCAAGAUAGUUGAGGAAACCACUAGUCGGAACUCAGCGAAUAACCUCAUCUCAUUUAAAGCCGUUUGUACCGACAUGAGUCGGAUUCUCUCUCCUGCACCAGCAAAUGCAACCUCAGCUCAGCCUAUGGAAAUUCCGGAUGAACAACCAAAGGAUGUUUUGAAGGACAAUGAGGUAGCCCCCAAAUCACCGUCUUCUGUUCAAGAUGACAAGAACCCAGCUGCGGCCGCCGCAGAAGCAGAAGAAGUGAUACUGGAGCCAGUAAAAGAAUCUGAAUCUCAGAAAGAAACAAGCAAGACGGUAGCAUCAGAGUCGGAGCCCGUGAAAGAAAAGAGUGGAUCGCCGCCUCCAGAUCAGCCGGGAUUGUCUGGUUUGCUGGAUGUGGUGAUGGAAGAGAGGAAGAAUGAUGGUGCGGGUAAUGGAAGCACGUAUAACCCUGAGCAGCAGGGAGAGGGAGUCAUAGUGUUGGAUGAUUAAACGUUAAUUUGCCUACAAUUAGACAUUACCUGCUCCAUUUUACGGCUUUUGUUAUUAAAAAAUCCUUUUGACAGUAUUUUCCAUUGGCGAAAUAAUUGAACUUAAAGUUGAAUUGCGUCA